AUGCAAAUCCAUAAAGAUGGAGAUCAACUUAAAACAGAAAAAUCAAAUACCACUGUGAUAAUGGAAUUUGUUCUUCUGGGGUUUUCUGAUAUGCCCAAACUCCAAUGGAUUCUUUUUGUGAUGUUUUUACUGAUAUAUUUGACUAUCCUGAUGUGCAAUAGCAUCAUAAUACUAAUAACAAGAAUUGACCCUGCUCUCCAGAACCCCAUGUAUUUUUUUCUUGGCAAUUUUUCAUUUCUGGAAAUCUGUUACGUUACAGUUACUAUCCCAAGAAUGCUCAUGGAUCUUUGGACUCGGAAAGGAAAUAUUUCCUUGUUGUCCUGUGCUACGCAAAUGUGUUUUGUUCUCAUGCUUGGAGGCACAGAGUGCCUCCUCCUGGCAGCGAUGGCAUAUGACCGCUAUGUGGCCAUUUGUAACCCGCUGCACUAUUCUCUGGUAAUGAAUAACAAGGUCUGCAUUCAGCUGGUAGCUCCCUCCUGGACCAGCGGAAUUCCCGCAGUAAUUGGGCAAACAUGCCAGAUUUUCUUUUUGCCCUUUUGUGGGUCUAACGCAAUUAAUCACUUCUUUUGCGACAUCCCCCCAGUACUCAAGCUUGCUUGUGGAGACACAUUUGCGAAUGAGAUAACAGUCUACGUAGUCACAGUAGUGUUUAUCGUGGUUCCAUUUCUGUUGAUUGUUGUCUCCUACAGCAAAAUUGUCUCCAACAUUCUGAAAUUGUCAUCAGCCAAAGGAAGGGCUAAAGCCUUCUCUACCUGCUCUUCUCACCUGAUAGUUGUAGUCUUAUUCUAUGGAACAGCUACUAUCACUUAUUUACAACCCAAACCAAAUCAAUUUGAAAGAAUGGGGAAACUGAUUUCUCUUUUCUAUACCAUUUUAAUCCCAAUGUUGAAUCCCAUUAUAUAUACUCUGAGGAACAAAGAUAUCAUGGUGGCACUGAGAAAACUACUAGGUAAGUUAUUGACAUGA